UUUGGCCGAAACUUUCCCGGCGGAAACGUAGCAGCUGCCGGCCAUGAACUACCGAUUUCAAAAUCUGUUAGGAGCGCCUUACAGAGGAGGAAAUGUUGUGAUUUCAGAGGAUACGCUGUUAAUCUCACCCGUCGGUAAUCGGGUCUCCGUUACCGACCUUGUGAAGUCCCAUACGGUGACUCUUCCCGUCCAAUCCUCGUCCAAUAUUUGCCGAAUCGCCGUUUCUCCUGAUGGCUUAUUCUUGUUCACCAUCGACGAGAACAACCGCUGCCUCUUCAUCAAUCUCCGACGCCGAGUGGUGCUUCACCGUAUUUCCUUCAAGAAGCCGGUCAAUGUCGUCAAAUUUAGCCCCGAUGGUGCGUUUAUUGCCGUUGGGACUGGGAAGUUGGUCCAAAUUUGGCGGUCACCGGGGUUCAACAAAGAAUUUUUCCCUUUUGAACUGGUACGAACUUUUGCUGAUUGUCAUGAUAAAGUUACGGCUUUGGACUGGAGUCCAGACGCUAAUUACUUGCUUGUUGGGUCUAAGGAUUUAAGCGUAAGGUUGAUUUUUGUGAAGAAAUUAAGCGGGAAUAAGUACAAGCCACACUUAUUUUUGGGUCAUAGGGACGCAAUUGUAGGUUCGUUUUUUGGGACUGAUAAGAAAACAAAUAAGGUAGUAAAGGUUUACACAAUUACGCGUGACUGUUAUAUGUUUAUUUGGGGGAUUGCAGAGAGUAAUUUGGAUGAAAUGGAAGUCUAUAAUUCAGAACCGCCUUCACCAGGGACUCCUGGGAGGGAUAGUGAAAGAAAUAUGGAGAGUGGUGGGGAUGUUAGUGUAAAGAAGAGGAAGAACUAUGGUGACGGUAAUGUGGAUGAUGAAGUUGAGUACUUGCUUAGAGAAAAAUGGAAGAUAGUGAGGAAGGAUUGUUUUUCUCAGGCUCCGGCGAGGGUGACUGCGUGUGAUUAUCAAAGGUACCUUGAUAUGGUGGUUGUCGGGUUCUCAAAUGGCGUUUUUGGGCUGUAUCAGAUGCCGGAUUUUGUGUGCUUGCACAUGUUGUCAAUAUCAAGAGAGAAAAUUACUGCAGCCGUUUUCAAUCAGCAUGGCAACUGGUUAUCAUUUGGGUGUGCAAAACUUGGCCAGUUACUAGUGUGGGAAUGGCGGUCAGAGAGUUACAUAUUGAAACAGCAGGGACAUUACUUUGAUGUUAAUUGUCUUGCUUAUUCUCCAGAUUCACAACUAUUGGCUACUGGAGCAGACGAUAACAAAGUCAAGGUGUGGACAGUUCAAUCGGGCUUCUGCUUUGUUACAUUCUCUGAGCAUACAAAUGCUGUUACUGCUCUCCAUUUUCUGGCGAAUAACCACUGUCUUUUGAGUGCAUCCCUUGAUGGCACUGUUCGUGCAUGGGACUUGUUUCGCUAUCGAAAUUUUAGAACCUUUACCUCCCCUACUUCCCGGCAAUUUGUUUCGUUGGCAGUAGAUCAGAGUGGUGAAGUUGUUUGUGCUGGAACAUUAGAUUCAUUUGAGAUUUUUGUUUGGUCGAUGAAGACUGGCCGUUUGUUGGAUAUCCUUAGUGGGCAUGAAGGUCCUGUUCACGGAUUGAUGUUUUCUCCUACGAAUGCAGUCUUAGCUUCUUCAUCAUGGGAUAAAACUGUCCGCUUGUGGGAUGUCUUUGAAGGAAAAGGGGCUGUUGAAACGUUCAAUCAUAUGCAUGAUGUUCUUACGGUAGUUUAUCGUCCAGAUGGAAGGCAGUUGGCCUGCAGUACAUUAGAUGGUCAGAUCCACUUCUGGGAUCCGGUUGAUGGGUUAUUGAUGUAUACAAUUGAGGGGCGUAGGGACAUUGCUGGAGGACGUUUAAUGACUGAUAGAAGAUCUGCCGCUACUUCGAGUUCAGGAAAGUGCUUCACAACAUUAUGUUAUUCUGCUGAUGGGAGUUACAUAUUAGCUGGGGGUUGCAGUAAAUAUAUCUGUAUGUACGACAUUGCUGAUCAGGUGCUGCUACGCAGGUUUCAAAUAACACAUAAUCUCUCUUUAGAUGGAGUUCUUGACGUUCUAAAUUCAAAGAAUAUGACAGAGGCUGGCCCGUUAGAUUUGAUUGAUGACAAUGACAGUGAUGUAGAAGAAGGGGUUGAUCAACAAACACGGAAGAAAUUAGGCUAUGAUUUACCUGGGUCCAUGCUCAAUCGUGGUAGACCAGUUGUGCGAACAAAAUCCUUGAGAAUCGCACCUACUGGUCGAAAUUUUGCAGCAUCGACAACGGAGGGAGUUCUUAUUUAUUCAAUUGAUGAAUCUUUUAUCUUCGAUCCAACUGAUCUCGACAUUGAUGUUACGCCAGAGGCGAUCAAUGCUGCACUUGAUGAAGAUCAGCCGAUCAGGGCCAUGAUUCUUAGCUUACGAUUAAAUGAGGAUUCUUUAAUAAAGAAAUGCAUAUUCUCUGUGAAUCCUGUGGAUAUAGCAGGAGUAAUCAAAUCGAUCCCGCAUAGAUAUUUGCAGAGGUUAGUCGAGGCAUUAGCGGAACUUCUGGAAAGUUGCCCGCAUUUGGAGUUUGUUCUACGAUGGUGUCAGGAACUUUGCAAAGCUCAUGGUAACCACAUUCAACAAAAUUCCAGAAGCCUACUUCCUGCCUUGAAAUCCUUGCAAAUGGCCAUCACCAGAACACAUCAGGAUUUGGCUGAUAUGUGUUCGUCGAAUGAGUAUUUGCUUCGGUAUCUUUGCUCGACAAGCACCAAGAAAGGAACAAGUUAAUAUCAUGGAAGAUUCUUGUCAUUCAGCAUGGCACCAAGCCAAAAGAUUGUGUUGCAGAGACAUACACGGUUAAAGCCCUUGAACGGUUGAGACUAGGAUGACGAACCUAUGGGUAUUGCCUGAGCACCAUAGCUCGGGAUCGCUGGAAAUCGUUUGGGCAAUGAGUUCUUAUCUAUUGCCUGUAAUUUUGUUGUCAAAAUCUUUCUGAUGGUUUUGUUGUACGUUAGAAAAAAAAAAGAUCCUCUUUUCUUUCAUUAUUAUUUUCUUUUUUGAAAAAGGAAAUAAGUUUUUUUAUUUGUAUUAUUGCCAUGUUAGAGGAUGAUGAACAUGAAAGUGAGUAAAAUGGAAGAAGAAUACCAAAUUUAAAGGA